CUCGUUUUAGGCAAACCAUCCCAACUCGGCCUCCAGCCAGUUUUGCGCGCACGGCAGAAUGACUCGCUCGCCCUAUUUUGUUUAAUAAAAUCGAAAAGCUGAGAAGCGCCCAGGGUCUCACGCCUACUGCUGACCGGCGGAUACGGAACAAAAGUCCCCUUCGGCUCACCGAGGCACAAGCUAGUCCUCACCCCAUUGGCCAGCUCUCGUGAUAGACAUCCUCCAAACCAAUGGCCUUCCGGUCUGCAGGGCGCGUUUCCCACAACUGGCCUAUGAGAUUCUGCUUCGGCCCAGCCAAUAGGGUCAGGGCAGGGGGCGUGGCGGGAAGUUUGAAACGCCUGACUUUGGGAGUUGUUUUUCGAGCUCCCCGAGGUCGAGCUGGGGCCCGGCGUCCCUUCCUCUGUCUGCACAGCCGGGCGUCCCCACCGCUCGUGGAGAUGGGCUCUACUCAGAGCAUCUCAGGCACUCCAGCGCGGCCUCUGCCACACAACAAGCAUCUGGCUCGGGUAGCAGACCCUCGUUCACCUAGCGCCGGCAUCCAGCGCACUCCUAUUCAGGUGGAGAGCUCCCCGCAGCCAAGUCUGCCAACAGAGCAGCCAAACAGUCCUAAACAAGCCCAGGACCCAGACCCCCGCUCUCCUACUCUUGGCAUUGCACGGACACCCAUGAAGAUCGGUGCUGCAGACCCUCAGAGUCCCCUGGUGAGAGAACUGAGUGAAGUAUUUGAGACCGAAGCUUCCAAGUCCAUCUCCCCCGCAGAGCUAGCUCUGCCCCAGCAAACACCUUUAUCUUCUGAACUGGACCUGCCUUUGGAGACUCAGUUAUCCCUAGAGGACCAGUUGCUGCCUUGGAGCCAGCCUGAACUCCCCUCCAAACAGGUGUUUACCAAGGAGGAAGCUAAACAAUCCACAGAAACCAUAAUUGCCAGCCAGAACUCAGACAAGCCCUCAAGAGAUCCCGAGACUCCCCAGUCUUCAGGUUCUAAACGCAGUAGACGGAAAGCAAACAGCAAGGUGCUAGGGAGAUCUCCUCUCACCGUCCUGCAGGAUGACAACUCCCCUGGGACCUUGACAUUGCGGCAGGGUAAACGACCUUCUCCUCUAAGUGAGAAUGGUAAGGACCUAAAGGAAGGAGUCAUUCUUGACACUGGAAGAUUCCUGAAAACUGGAGGAGCAUGGGAGCAAAACCAGGACCAUGACAAGGAAAAUCAACACUUUGCUUUAAUGGAGAGCUAGGUCCACGCUGGGUUCACCCAGAGCCUGGCAAUAGUCUCUUCCCCAAGAGCACUGAGCAAAGUCAGGCUCUUCCCAGGCUACCACCUCUGGUACUUGGAUGUUGUUUUGUUUUGUGUGUUUCUUUUCAUAUUAAAGGAGAUGGUUUUAAAUGA